UUGUUUGCUGAGAGUAAUUAUGCAUACCAAGUAAACGCCCUUAAAAGCGUUUGCAUUGAAUUAGUGCCAAAAACAUAUUGACCAAGUGUGGUAUCUUGUGUUGCACUUUGACUCAGCUGCAUUAUGAUACAGUCCUAUUUUUUGCCCCAUGUGAAGGUAAGAUACAUUUUACCUGCUUCAGUGAGUGUUAAAAACUCAUGAAAGCAUUUUUUUCUUUUGGUAAACGCAAUAUUGAUAGAUAUUUCUGGUGGACGCACUUACAUUGGUUCCAUUUUUCAGUGUUUUCCAAGAGGAAAUGGAAAGAAAACUUCCAGAAGAUCAGAUAAAAUCUGUGUUGGCUCAAUGGAGAUUUUCCUGGCAGUCACCUGGGUUUAAGGAUAGGCUUGUGACAGCACUGGAACUUUGUGAACAUUUUCCAUUAGAUAUAGCUGUCACUGGAGGUACAAAAUCAGCAAAUGCAAGGCUUGCUUCUGUUGUCUGUGGAUUAAAAGAGAAACAGGAAGAAGAAGAAGAAGAAGAAGAAGAAGAAGAAGAAGAAGAAGAAGAAGAAGAAGAAGAAGAAGAAACAGAUGUAUAUGAACACAGUGAUGAGGAAGAGUAUGAAGAUGAGGAAGAUGAUGGAUCAAGCAUUAAGCCAUCUGUUAAGGUCUGUGUUGAAAGAAAAUCCCUCGUGAAAUUCACAGAUAACUUUGCAGAAGACAGUCCUGGCUCUUCUGAAGUGCUUUUCCACCCUCAAAUCCCCAAUGUCCGCAUUUUUACAGUACAGAGAUGUUGUAGUCCCUCUCAGGACAGCUAUGAUAUACUGGUUGUCCUCACAACAGAGUUGCACCAGGAGGACCAUAUGAGGCUCACCAUGGAGCAAUAUGAGAAGAGCAAGUCUUUGUAUCUGGUUAAAGCUGAACAAGAAAUGGAUCUUGUCCGUGAAAAGCUGGAUGGACCCUGCAAGACCUGUGCAUGGGAACGAAUGAGAGCUCGCACUGUAGAGUUUCAGAAGAAACACAAGGUGGAAAUUGAAUCGGCCGAGAAUACAAAACACCAACAGACAUCACAAGGUCCUUUUCCUCUGGGUAUUAAGCUUUGGGAGAUGGAAGAGAUUGCAGAAGUUCUGGUGAAAGCUAUACCUCAACUGCGCAAGAAGGCUUUCAGUAAGUUUUUGGUCGAUCUUACAAGUGAACAUAGAGGAUCCCUGGCAAACCCUGCUUCUAAAAACAGCAAGAUGAGCCAGGAAGACCUAGGCAGAAUUUCUGUGGUGUUUCAAUCCCAGGAUCUCACUGACCAACCCUCCAAACUGCUCUCCAUUUUCAACACCCUGGAGCACUUCCGGCUAGAUGUAGGUCUACUAGGGGAGACGGGCUGUGGCAGCUCCAGCUUGUUCAACUCCUUCCUGGGCCUGAAGAAUGGGGACAAGGGAGCUUCCCCAAUUGGGGUGUUUGAAACCACAAAGACGCCUGUGACAUAUCCAUACUCCGAAUACCACAAUGUUCUUUUGUGGGAUCUCCCAGGCUUAGGACACACAGAAGAUUUUACAACGGCAUCUUCUUCUAACUUUACAUUACACCAUGUUCCUCCAAUACCUUCAAUACCUCCCUGUGAUGUUUACUUCUUGGUCUCACCCCUGAGGCUCAAUUUGGGGUACAUCCAGCUGUUGAAACACCUUUUGUCGAAGGGAAAAUCUUGCUAUAUUGUCCUGUCCAAGGCUGAUUUGAUUGAGGAGAAAUUAAUUGAAGAAGUAAGGAGAUGGAAUGAGGAGAUUUUGGAUAAGCUAGGUCUGAAACAGAAUGUCUAUCUAGUCUCUGCACUCCAUCCAGAGACCCUGGAUUUGCCCAAAAUGAGAAGAACUUUUAAUGAUGCACUAGAAAACCAUAAGAAGGUUGCUCUGGCUAAUUAUUUGACAAAUCUAUUGGAGCAGGAUGUGUUUUGGAAGAGGGCUGACCAUUGCAAAAUAAACUAACUUCACGGAAUGAGUUAUCCUUACACCACUAUAUAAUUAAGGUAUUCUUCCCAAGUGAUUUUGCUUCAUGGUGUUUAAUUUCUCUGUACAUCCCAAGCCAAUGGAACAUAGUUGGACAUGCUCUCUGGGUGAGUGGGAUGACAUACUCUCUCUCCUUUGUGAAUCACAGCAAUACUAGUCAAUCUUGGGUGUUAGAAGAGUGUCUGUUUUGGGUUUUGCUGCCCUGUCCUGCCCUUUAUCAGCUUAACCAAUUUAGAUCUAGGGAAAGAUUCUACUUUUUCCACCCUUCCUUGUUGGCAACAUUAGAAUUCAAAUAGAAUUUGAAUCUGCCAUUCAAAUCACAUGUUUAUGUUAUUGCUUUUAUUCUAAUACUUACUUCAUUCUUUAGUAACAGCUUACACAAAACCUUUUAUGGUGGACAGUUGAUAUGAAUUAUUAUUAUUUUUAUUUUUUUAAGUGUGGAAUUUACUGUAAAGUAUGUUGUAAAGUUGUAAAAAACAUUCAGACAAAGUCGCUAGUGCCAGUAUUUUAUAAUAGUUAGAAGUAAAGCUGUAAGUUUCAGACCUGGGUUAGUGUUCAGUGAGAACUGUGUCUUUUCUGUAACCUGGCAGGCACUUUUGUCUUAUUAACUUUAAGAAAAAUUCUAAACCGUCUGUUGAGG